UCCUCACUGCUGUGUCAGUGUGUGUAGUGUGAGUGCGUCAGAGUGUGUUCUAUGUGACAGUGUGCGUGUGUGUGUGUGGGAGUGAGCCAGAGAGUGAGACAGAGUGAACCAGGGAGUGAGAUGUGGGCCUCGGCUCGCCCCCGCCUCUCCCCGCUCCUCCUCCCGCUGCUCUCCGCUCGCUGCUCCGGAUGGAAGAGGCUUAGCACUGCGGGGAUCCGCCGCGCAGGAAAGCUGCAGCGGGACGGAGACCACAAGAAACCAGUGAUCUUUGUGGAGGGGAACAUUGCCAGUGGGAAGACCACGUGUCUGGAGUACUUCAGCAGAACCAGCGACAUCGAGGUCCUCACAGAGCCGGUCUCCAAGUGGAGGAACGUCCGAGGACACAAUCCUCUGGCUCUGAUGUACCAGGAUCCUGAACGCUGGGGCCUGACGCUGCAGACCUACGUCCAGCUCACCAUGCUGGACCGACACACGUCCACCACAGAGGCUGCAGUCAGGAUGAUGGAGAGGUCCAUCUUCAGCGCCAAGUACAUCUUUGUGGAGAACCUCUUCAGAAGUGGGAAGAUGCCCGAGGUGGACUUUGCCGUGCUCAGUGAGUGGUUCGACUGGAUCACCACCAACGUGUCCAUUCCUGUGGAUCUGAUUGUCUACCUGCAGACGGAUCCUGAGACGUGCCACCGGCGGCUGAAGCAGCGCUGCAGAGAGGAGGAGAAGGUCAUUCCACUGCUGUGUGUGUGUGUGUGUGUGGAUGUGUGUGUGUGUGUGUGUGUGUGUGUGUGUGUGUCCAGGAGUACCUGCAGGCCAUCCACGAGCUGUACGAGGACUGGCUGGUCAGACGGACCUCGUUCCCGCUGCCGGCUCCCGUCCUGGUGAUUCCUGCGGACGGCAAUCGUCAGAACAUGGAGCUCAAGUACGAAGAGAACCGAGAGCAGAUCCUGGCUGCUGCAAAGCUCUGAUCACACACACACACACACACACACACACACACACACACACACACACACACACACACAAACACACACACACACACUGAGCAGAGCUCUGAACCUGGGGGGACCUGAAGGAGACUCAUAGAGUUCUUCAUUUUUCUCAGUUUUAACUGAAGAAUGUUUCGAAUGUUUUUUUUCUCUGUUGGAAUCAAUAAAAUUGAUCGUUUUGAAGCUCCUGA